CCCUCCCUUCUCCGAGUGAAAACUGAGUUAGAGAGGAAAAAGCGACGGGAAGACAGACCAUGGAGGCAGAAAGUUUGAUGUUAUAGCUUCUCUUUAUACUAGUUUUGUUUCUGUUUGUAAAUCGGCGUGUGUUUUAUUUGGAUGAAAAACGUCGCAAAUCUCCGCACGUUCAAACAGUGAACGGACAGUCUGACCGCGGACGGUUAGCACAACUCAACUAAAGUUAGCCUUCUCCGGCUAACUUAGCCUGCUUCAGCUAGCAGGAAAGGACAAAAAGCAGAGUUGUGGAGAGGGAGUUGCGGCUAAAAACAGCGACGCUGCGGCGUAAAAUAACUAGUAAUGUUGCCUCCCGUGAUUAACUUCAGAUACGGAUGAGAAAGAAAUCGGCAACUGGUGAACAGCGAGUACAACAGCGCGUCAGACGACCACUGCUAUGUUGGGUUUGACUCACAGUUCUGGCAGCCAGUCUGAGUCCCAAGGUUGGCCACACUCGGUGCUGUGGAGGCUCGGGGGCUUCUUCUUCCUCUUGUUGCUGGAAGGCGCCGGCUGCCUUGCCAACCCGGGCAGUCCUUCAGGCAUCAUCAACAACAACAACCCUAGUGUCAACAUAUACAUGAGUGUGGAGGAGGUGAAGAAGCUUUUAGGCCUGGAUGCAGAGCUCUACUAUGUACGAGAUGACGUGGUGAAUCAUUAUGCACUCUCCUUCAACAUGCCUGUUCCCACGGAGACCAACAGCCUUUACUUCACGUGGUAUUCCAAAUCAAAGGUCGACUACCGGCUUGCAUUCUCUGUGGAGAACCCUGCGGCCCUGAACGCACCUUGGAGCAACAUCUCCAGCCAGGGCGAGAUUCCCCGCGUUCCCACUGUCUUCAGAGUGGAAGUGGUCUGUUCAGGCAAAGUCGAUGAAGAGGCAUUUUUAACAAUGCAGCUCAAUCUCACCAACAAUGCCAACAACUACACAGUGCUCAACUUCAAGAGGAGGAAAAUGUGCUACAAACGAAUAGAUUCUGACCCAAAGAUUCCCAUUCCAAUCAACAAUAACACAUAUCCAAAGACUGACUUGCCCACACCCACCACCUCCACCCAGGUGUUCUAUAUAAGCGUGAGCGUCUGCUGCAUAGUCAUCUUUCUUGUGGCCAUCGUCCUGGCCAUCCUCCACCUGCACAGCAUGAAGAGGGUGGAGAUGGAGGACAGUGUGAGUGACAGUGCAAGCUCACAGGGCCUGUCUCAGCCAUCCACCCAGACCACACAGUACCUGAGGGCUGAUACUCCAAACAACGCAGCUCCUGUCACCAGUUACCCGUCUCUUCGUAUAGAGAAGAAUGACCUGAGGAGCGUGACCCUAAUGGAGGCCAAAGCUAAAGUGAAAGACAUUGCCAUCUCCAGAGAGAGAGUAACACUGAAAGACGUCUUACAUGAAGGCACAUUUGGCCGCAUCUUCCACGGUGUGUUGCUGGAUGAAAAGGACCCCAGUAAGGAAAAGCAAGUUUUUGUGAAGACGGUGAAAGAUCACGCCUCUGAGGUGCAGGUGACCAUGAUGCUGACUGAAAGUUGUAAACUCAGAGGACUUCAUCAUCGAAAUCUGCUGCCCAUAAGUCACGCAUGCACAGAAGACGGAGAGAAGCCCAUGGUGCUGUUGCCCUUCGUGGCCUGGGGGAAUCUUAAGCUCUUCCUGCGGCAGUGCAAGCUAGCCGAGGCUAACAAUCCUCAGGCGAUCUCUCAACAGGACUUGGUUUACAUGGCCAUCCAGAUCGCGUGUGGAAUGAGCUACCUGGCUCGUAGAGAGGUCAUCCACAAAGACCUCGCUGCUAGGAACUGCGUCAUCGAUGACAACAUGCAGGUGAAGAUUACAGACAACGCCCUCUCUCGAGAUCUUUUCCCAAUGGAUUACCACUGUCUGGGGGAUAAUGAAAACCGUCCUGUCCGAUGGAUGGCCCUGGAAAGCUUGCUCAACAACGACUUUUCCAGUGCAAGUGACGUGUGGGCCUUUGGAGUGACGCUGUGGGAGCUCAUGACUUUGGGUCAGACUCCGUAUGUCGACAUUGACCCUUUUGAGAUGUCUGCUUACCUGAAAGAUGGCUAUAGAAUAGCUCAACCUAUCAACUGUCCAGAUGAGCUGUUUGCAGUGAUGGCCUGUUGCUGGGCCCUGGACCCGGAGGAGAGGCCCAAGUUCCAGCAGCUGGUUCAGUGUCUCACAGAGUUUCACGCCGCACUCGGGGCCUACGUGUAAAAACGGUUUUAUUAAAAGGCAGCAACAUAGAGGCUGGUGGACACUCCUCACACGGAGCACAUGGAUGAAAUCGUGCCUUAUCGAGACAUAAAAACAGACUUUAGCCUGAUUUUGUUUUUGUACAGGUUGUUCUAAAAAGUUUAAAUUGUUUAAUUACCUUUUUACAGCAUAGAAAAGUAAAAGUAUUCUUUUUUAUAUAUUAUAUGUUUUUAUUUGCUUGGAAAGCCUUCGCUCCUCUGCCUGAGAGGACCUGAACAAAUGAAAUAUCAACUUGUAGACGUUUAUCUGCCACAGAACAAGAGAAGCUUCUGGAAACAGCAGUAUUUCCUCCACUUCUGUACCCUGAUGAAACGGUGUCAUUUGUAGAUUUGUUCUGGUGGUGGAUAACUGCAGCAGGAUGACGUGGCUGCCAAACCAGACCUGAAGUUAUCAGGCGGUGAGCUCAGGCUCGGUACGAGAGGUUGCUCGGCAACCAGACUUGUUAUGAUAUUUCGGAGCCCUCUUCACAUGGUACACUGCUUCCUCUGGACGAGUUUCCUUCCCUGCAGAGGAAUCACACCAAUUCAUCAAGGAGACGUGCUGGUUGGUGGAAAAACAACUGUGCCCCAGUUUAAACCAGUAAAGCUGCUCGCAACAUGAAAACCGGAUCGUUAAUGAAAUCUGCUGUGAAGUUAAGACAGUUAUUCAAAUGUAAACUUGCUGGUUUUCCAAUGUAUAUUUAAUUUCUACAGUUACAUCCUCAAAAUGUUUUCCUUUGUAUAAGCUUGAUUGUUCUGCGUCAGAACACCACCUUUCACCAGAUUUUCCAACCAGUUUUAGCCAAUAGUUAACUAAUAAUCACUGUGAAAACACAACCACCAACCAGCUUGGUCGAAUUGUUCCUUUUUACAUCUUUGUGAUGUGUUUUUAUGGUCGCUGCAUGUUGAAAUAUGGUUGUAAACUGCUUCCCAAAUUCAUAUCAGCAAAUUAAAUGGGAUAUUUUAAAGUC